UUUAUUUAAGUAAAGGAUCUGAAUACUUCCACUGAUGUUUUGAUUGACUGGUGAAAUAAAGCGCGCAUGCGCCGUUUAGUUUUUCAGUCAUCCGGCUUACCGUAGAAAAGCGAAGUGUUCCGGACGAAAAUGUCAUAUGUGAAACUGGUGUCGCUGUGUGUCGCAGCUCCGGGUCUCACGGCCCUGCUGAGCGGCUCGGUGCUGGCUGCCAGUGAGGGGAAGAAGAAGAGCUCACAGCCCGCCCUGAGCAUCGAUGAGCUGCCGUCGUUGUACACCACCCCUGAAGCAGAGCCUCAGUAUGUGGAGCCAGACGCGGGGCCGUUGGAGCAGAGCGUCGCAUCGUUGAGGAAAUGGGCCGAACCAUACACAAACCAGUGUCAGCAAACAGGCCAGGCUGCAAUGGAGAAAGUUGAGCAAGUAUACAGGACUGUGGAGCCCACAAUCAACACCUCCAUAACAACAGUCACAGAUGUGUACCAGUUCCUCAGUGACCCUCCUCCUGACCUCUACCCCAGUGUAGCGGUGGUGGGCUUCUCUGGCUUCCUGGGACUUUUUUUGGCCAAAGGCUCCAAGGUGAAGCGACUGGUAUUUCCAGUUGGACUCAUGGCUCUGAGCGCCUCCAUGUUUUACCCUCAGCAGGCUGCGUCCUUACUCAAGGUGAGUCGGGACUCGGCGUACACCUGGGCUCAGCAGGGCCGCGUCACCCUGGAGACUCUUUGGAAAGAGCCACCGUUUGGCAAAAAGAAGAAGAAAGAGCGAACAGAGAGCAACGACACGACCAGCUGAGACGGCUAGAAGAAACACACCUCUCUCUCUCUGACUCUCACCUUCCAGUGACACACACUCACACCUGUACGUCUCCUGUAGAUGAAGUCUUUGCGUUAUUCACACACAACCAAACUCAAGUUAUAUAUCCCAGAAACUUCGGGUGCAAGUCUGUUGACUGUGUGCAUUGUUUCUGAAACUCCUUCUGCCUCUUGAGUCAUUUCUGAACACCGCCGCCUGCUCCAAGAAGCAGGUUCACUCAUUUUUCUGGAUAACUCUGCAGGUCAUUUCCACAUCAUAUUCCAGUUAUCCAGAUAACUCUGUGAAUCUGCUUCUUGGAUUAUUCCUCAGCGCUCCUCCUCCUCUCUGUGAUUUCAGCUCUUCCAGUUCCUGUUCUUAUUCAACUAAACAGGCCACAGUGUCGAGUUUCUGCAGAGUCAGCAGCAAAACAUCCAAAAUAUCUGCCACCGGCAGUUAGAGCUGCACGACACAACUUCACAGACUGGUACACAGAGACAUGAAACUGUUAAAACUCAGAAGUACUCAGAAACACCAACAAGUGAGUUAGAGCUGUAACGAUUAGUAGCUGAAUUGAUGGUUCUGAUGCUUCCAGCUUCCCAAAUGUGAGAAUUGUCUCCUCUUCCUUUCUAGUAAACUGAACUUAGUUAACUUAGUUAAUAAUAGUAAUUAGAAGACGUCACCUUGGACUCUUGGAGAAACUGGGAUGAACAUUUUUCAUUAUUUUCUGACCGUUUUUAUGGAGCAAACGAUUAAUCAGUGACCAACCAGCAAAUUAAUCGACAAUGAAAAUAAUUGUUAGGGAGCGUGACCAAUGAUAAAAUACUAAUGGAAGGAAUUUUCCAUUUCGUACCUCUACUGCUGAGGUUACUUAUAUUUUUAGUCUUUUUAUUUGUUUGUUAGUAGAAUAUCUCAAAAACUUGUUAACAGGUUUCAAACGAAGUGAGUGGAACGUCUUUGGUGCACAUCUGGAUUCAGACAAACUACGUAAUGGUGACACUGUUUCUAAAAUACUUUAAAGGAAUAGUUCAACAUUUUGGGAAAUACACUUAUUCAAUUUCUUGCUGAGCGUGAGAUGAGAUAGAUUCAACUCACGAUUCUGUACAGUAAAUAUAAAGUUGGAGCCAGCCGCUUCUUAGCUUAGCUUAGCAUAAAGACUGGAAACAGGGGGAAACAGCUAGCCUGGCUCUGUCCAAAGGUUAAAAAAAAUCCUCCUACAAGCAAAGCUUGUUUUGUCUCGUUUAUUUAAUCUGUACGAAAACUGAAGUGUAAAAACGACACGUUGUGGAUUUACAGGGGUCAUGUGCCGGACUGUUUCUUGGCUGGGACCAGUAGCUUCCUAGUCUCAGCUGGUUGCCGGGCAACCUCGUGGUGACGACAACACUCCCGGAUAAAAUGUGUUAAUUAAUGAGCUUUAGAGGUGCAGGUAGGUGGGUUUUGUUACCUUUUGGACAGAGCCAGGCUAGCUGUUUCCCCCUGUUUCCAGUCUUUAUGCUUAGCUAAGCUAACCAGCUGCUGGCUGUCACUUCAUAUUUACUGUAAAGAUUUGAGAAUGCAUCACUCUUCUCCUUACUCUCGGAAAGACAGCGAAAAUCCGUAUUUCCAAAACUGUCAAACGAUUCCUUUAAGCCUUUUCUCAGCAUUAUGAAGUGCUGUUUUGUUUGUUUUUAUCAGCCGCAUUAUACAACACCAAGACACUUCUGACAAGCCAAUAUAUAAUAUAAAACCAUGCUAAACAGGCAUGUUUUCAGCUUUGUGACGAUGCAUUUGUAAAUGGUUCAUUGGCUCAAGAAGUAGGAGAAUUUUCUCAACCACUAGAGGAACACUAAAUCUGAAAGAUUCACCAGUCUCCGAUAUAGAAGAGUGUUUGUGCUCCUGAGUCUCAGUUUCUGGCGCUCUGUGGGCAGAGGGAGUGACUGUAGAGACACCAGAGUUUCAUUCAGGCAAACGGUGUGAAGCUAAAGUGUUUCAUCUUCUCUCUGGUCUGAGUGCCACUGUGAUCUUGUCAAGUGCAGCUUUCAACAGUAUCGUAUCUCAGUAUCGAUUUCUUUCCCCAGAUGUUGUGUUCACGUUGCGGUUUGAUGCUAAUAAUACUACUAUGCUACAGUAAAGGGCCAAAUAAUGCGUUCAUUCCAGCUUGAUUUACUUAUUAAUGAACUGAAUGAGAAUGUGUAUAUUGUCCAUGUCUAUGACUGCACUGUAUAUACUGUAUGAGGUUUUAUCUUAAUGCUAUGUAAUUAAAUCUGACAUCUGACGUAGGUGA